UCCGGAAGUGGCUCGUCAUUGCCACCGAAUUUCUUCUUGACCCCGCAGCAGCAGAAUCUUCUCUUCACGGCUCUCAACGCGAACAAGCAGCAGCAGGCGAAUGCAAAGACGGCGCUCUCGUUGUCUCCGACUUCUUUCAAGACGAACCCGCUCCAGAGCCUUGACGGUGCUGCAUUCCAGGAAAGCCCCUUCCUCGACAACUACGACUACGACUUUGGUGAUUCCAGCUUUGAUUUUUCAUUUGCCAAUGAUGCCGCCCAGGCCAGCAUGAUUGGAGAUGUUCCGGAUAGAGCCAUGAGCGCCAAAUCCGACUCGACUGAAACCGAAAGCCCCGAAAAGAGGAGCCACCCUGAUGAUGAGGAUGACGAUGCCAGCCCUGGCAAUGAGUCCAAGAGACACGAAGGCUCCGACAAAGUCCCCAAGAAGCCUGGCCGUAAGCCGCUCACUUCAGAGCCAACUUCGAAGCGUAAGGCUCAGAACCGAGCUGCUCAGCGUGCCUUCAGAGAGAGGAAGGAGAAGCAUCUCAAGGAUCUUGAGACCAAGGUUGAGGAGUUGGAGAAGGCUUCGGAAGCCGCCAACCAUGAGAACAGCAUGCUCCGUGCUCAAGUCGAGCGUAUCACUGCUGAGCUCAACCACUACAAGCAGAGGAUGACCCUUGCGACGCCCAAGACAUCUGUUCCAACUGCCCGUGCCCAGCCAUUCGGCGCCGCGGCCAUCAACAACAUCAAUGAUGUUAGCUUUCAGUUUGAGUUCCCCAAGUUCGGAACCCUCCCUGGCCCCCUGCCCAAGGCUCACCAGAAGUCCAUGUCGCAACCCAUCAGCCCCAGUUCCCAACAGGCCCCUAGCCCUGCCGCAAGCCAGAACAUGGACAAAGUGGUCUCUCAGCAGGCGGCACGAAAUGCGCAGUUCAAGGAAGAUCUCGCAAAAUUUAACAAUGGCGUGUUUAACAUGCACACCCCCUCUAUGAGCAGCAGCUCUGCCGCUACUGGAUCUCGAGCCAGUGUCGACUCGGUCAACUACAGCCUGAACAAUAGCACAAGUUCCCCAUCAGCCUCUUCUCAUUCCAAUGUCGGCGCGAGCUCAUCGUGCGGUACAUCCCCAGAGCCAUUCACCCAGUCCCCCAUGGGCUUCAAGCCCGUUGAUACCCUGACGACGAUUGGCGAGGAGCAUCCCUCCAUGGCCACCACAGAAGGACCCUUUGCUCAGUUUUCCGGCGUGGAUUUCAGCAACAACAGCUUUGAUUGGAUGGUCCAGCAGAACAAUGGCGGCCAGUUUGACCCGCAGCUGUUUGGUGAUUAUCGCGAGCCUCAGGAGAACGUUAUGACCAACUCUACCUUUGACGACCUGUUCAAUGAUUCACUUGAGGCCGAUUUCUUCACUCCUUACAACAUCGCUGCUAGCCCGAACCUGACCAAGAAGACCAAUCUCAUUGAUGAGAUCGAUGCAAAGCAGAACGCAGUAGAUGAUGAUCCAUCUAACAAGUCAAACAUGAGCUGUAACCAGCUUUGGGAAAGGCUCCAAGCAUGCCCCAAGGCUCAGAAUGGCGAGUUUGAUCUGGAUGGCUUGUGCUCAGAACUUACCAAGAAGGCAAAGUGCUCCGGAAGUGGGCCAGUUGUUGCCGAGAGAGAUUUUGACAGCAUCCUCAAGAAGUACAUGGGCAAAGAGGCAUCCGAUUGCACGGCUGAAAGCCUGGGCAUAUCACUUGACAAGAGCCAGAGCCAGAGUGAG